ACCGGCCAGCACGAGCUCGCGGCUCUUCCCCAGAGUAUAUAUACCUAGCUAGCACACUGUCAUUUCAAAGCAUCAACAACACACAACUACCCCUAUUCCUGUAAUCGAGCCACUCAAUUAGCUUGUCCAAUUCACCCAAAAGGAGGAAACCAGCACGAAACAUGUGCUUCGAGUUUGGCUCCUGCUUCGGCGGCGGCAGACGGGAAGACUAUGGCGGCGAGCGGUCCGCUGCCCAGAAGGCACAACACGGUGGCGGGCGAAGAAGGAACCGCAGAAGCAGCGCAUACUACGGCGUCGCCGGCAACAAGGUGCCGCCGCCGGCCACCUACCACAUCCACAACCAGCCAACACCCGUCUUUGACGAAGCAGGACACAAGGCCUACCACGACGGCGCGCGAAAACCUGAUCGCACAGAGGUCAUCAGCCAAGUCGGUUACGGUCCCUAUUCGCAUGGCAAGGCGUGGCACAACAAGGUCGGCGACGACACUGGUCACACCUACUCCUACACGGCGCAACCCCACGAAGCAGCUGCUGAUCGUUGGCAGAACGAUGCCAUGGGUUACCACCAGUACCCAGCCACUACCGCCAAUACUACCACUCUCGUAAGGUACUAGUUAGCUAAGCAUGGCGGUUCAUCAUUCCCUCCCUCUACCUGAUCACUGCCUCUGCUUCUGUUGUACCUCUGUUUUCCCCUUUCUAUUUCUCCUCUGUUUUGGUCACUCGUCCUACCGUCUGCUCAAAUGGAAAGGCACCUGGAAUUGUGUGAGUCUGUCAGUCUGUGGGAGAUACAUGAGGCUGGAGAGUUUGGUCAGAGCCUCCAUGUUUUGUAGGUAGAUGUGCUGCAGGAAGAAGGUCCAGCUCCAGUAAGCUUUGUGUUGGUAGAUGCCUUUCCCGGUCUGUUUGUGUAGUGCUUGUACUUUAGUAGUUUAGUUCAUCUGUUUUCUACUUACAUCUUCUAUCAUAUAAUCAAUCAAGUGAAAUAAAGCAUCGUUGAAUCUCAU